CCCUUCGUCAGCCACGACCACAUUUCCUACCUCCUUCCGAUCUCAAUCCUCGCCGAAUCCAAAACCUCUCUCUUUCCUCCGAUCGCCUCCAAUCUCUCGUCUCCGAUCGCCUCCAAUCUCUCGUCUCCGAUCGCCUCCGCCUUAUCUGAUGGGCAGCAACGCACGAAACAAGCCGAUCCGAGGCUUCCGGAAGCCCCGCCGCUCGUUGAAGAACCCGCCGGACUCCGCCUCCACGGCCUCCGAUCCUGCCAUCGACGCCCCUUCCUCCUUGCCUCCCAAUCCCGCCCCUUCCUCCUUGGGUCACCCGGAUCCAGACCCCGGAUUCGGCAUCCCUAACCCAUCCUAUGCCCCCGGUCCCUACGACGACGCCGGGUGGGGAUACUUCACGGAGGAGCAGCUAGAAGAACACCUCCUUGGAAACCUUGACCUUGUCUACAGGGAGGCGAUUUCGCGGCUGGUGGCUCUGGGCUAUGACGAGGACGCGGCGCUCCGCGCUGUCCUCUGCAAUGGCUAUUGCUACGGAUCGAUGGACGUGCUCUCCAAUAUCCUCCAGAACGCCAUCGCCUAUCUCAGCACGCCAUUGCCUCGGAAGGAUUCCUCCGCGGUCGUCCCUGCCGCAGCGAAUGGAUUCACUGACCUCCGCCAUCUCCAGGAACACUCACUCGCAGGCUUGGUUUGUCUUCUCCAGCAGAUGCGCCCUAAUCUUACCCGUGGCGACGCCAUGUGGUGCCUUUUGAUGAGCGAUCUGCAGGUUGGUCGCGCCAGCAUUAUUGAGAUCCCGUUCUUGUCGCUGCCGCCGUCGGCUACUGCACAUCCAUCUCCUACCCUGGACCCACCUCCUUCUCCUGUGACCGCAUCCAUCACCCGAGAUGACGAGUUGAGAAAUCCCUCCUUUAGUCUUUGCAAAUCUGAUGAAGCUGCUACGGUGGCCCCAGCUGUUUUUGGUGGUGAUAUUGCUGCCGAUCCUCGGCGCUAUGCUCUUCAUCCUUCUAUGAAGUCUGCCAUGAGGCGGAAUGCAACGUCGUUUACUCCGACUUCUGGUUUUCGUCCAUUUUUAAAGCUAUCGACACCUCAAAAGAUCUCUAAUUUUCCGUCAGAGCAGCUGCCGCCGAAGGUAGAUAGCGGCACUGCCGCCGCUGCCGAUAGAAGGGAGAAUGACUCCUCUUCGGAUCUCAGCGCAGUGGAUUCCGUACUAAAGGCUUUGGAAGGCAUGAAUCUAGAAGAAAAUGGUUCAGGGGAUCCCAAGAAAGACGUGAUCUUGGACGUUAUUAACCAGAUUCGGGAUCUUGAGGCCCAGGUAAAGGAGAGGAAGGAGUGGGCUCAGCAGAAGGCACUGCAGGCUGCUCGCAAGCUGAGCAAUGACCUCACAGAGCUGAGGCUGCUGAGGAUGGAAAGGGAGGAGAACUUGCGGUUAAAAAAGGGAAAUCAUACAUUAGAGGAUGCCACUAUGAAGCGGCUUACUGGGAUGGAAGGUGCACUAAAGAAGGUGAGUGGGCAGGUGGACCGAUCAAAUGCUGUCGUACGACGGCUGGAGACGGAGAAUGCUGAGAUGCGAGCUGAGAUAGAAGCUUCCAAGUUGAGUGCAUCAGAGUCAGUAAGGACAUGUGCUGAAGUGUCUAGGAGGGAGAAGAAGUAUCUUAAAAAGCUGAUGGCUUGGGAGAAGCAAAGGGAGAAAAUGCAGAAAGAAAUUGCAGAGGAGAAGAAGAAGAUCAAGCAGAUGCAAAAGAAAUUUGAUGAAGCCAGGGAUGCAACAAAGGAAUAUGAGGUGAAGUGGAAACAAGAGAAUAAGGCUAACGAAGAAGCUGUCAAAUUAGCUGAGGAAGAACGUAGAGCCAAAGAAGCAGCUAAGGUGAAUGCCAGCCGAAGACAAGAAUUGCUGCGCCGAAAGAUCGAGUUAGACUUUCAGCGUCACAAGGACGAUAUCCAGAGGCUUGAGGAAGAAUUUGCUCGUCUCAAAGCAUAUGCAGUUCCAAAUACAAUGACGUCUCCGUCAAUUGAUUCAGAAGCCAAUCCUGUUAAAGAGGCCAAUGCCAAGCCACUCACUUGCAACUCUCCUAAAACAAUGCAUCGCAACAGGGCGUGCGUCGUUUGUGCAAAAGAAGAGGUCUCUGUCGUCUUCUUGCCCUGUUCGCAUCAGGUUCUUUGUGCGAGUUGCAAUGAGAACCAUGAGAAGGCAGCAAAAACUUGUUGCCCUUGUUGCCAUAUCAGAAUCGAGGAGAGGAUACGGGUGUUUGGCGCCAGCUCGUAGAUACAAUGCUGGUGCUAGCGAUCAACAACAAUGCCUUAUACAUAUAGAGACCUUGGCCAUUUGGCUUUGCUAUGGCAUGUUGUGCUUGUGUUACAUGCUGAAUAAAACUCAUACUGAAUGAAUGAAAGAUGAAUAAGGAACUCUGCUGCAAUAUGUGGCACUCUAGGACUCCCUAGAUUUGUGCCUUUCAUGUGGACUUUCAUCUGAAUAUCUUGGAUUGAAGACUCAAAUUCGAUUUGAAGCUGAAAAUAUAAAUGAUGGCUCGAGCUUAGUUGGAAAUGAAA